GCAAGGGUGUCGGUACUUCAGUAAGAUAGAUCUGAAGUCCGGGUACCAUCAGAUUGCAAUCCGGCCCGAGGAUCAACACAAAAACGCUUUUCAGACCAGAUACGGUCUGUACGAGUUUGUGGUGAUGCCUUUCGGCCUUUGCAAUGCUCCUGGCACCUUUCAACACGCUAUGAAUCGGAUCUUUCCUGACCACUUGGACAAGUUUGUCGUCGUGUACCUCGAUGACGUACUUAUCUUUAGGAGGACUGUCGAGGAGCAUGUGGCUCAUUUGGACAAAGUCCUUAGUCUCCUUAGAAAACACAAUCUUGGACAAAGUCCUUAGUCUCCUUAGACAACACAAGUUCAAGAUUAACGUUGAGAAGUGCGAGUUUGGCCGCACCCGUAUCUUGUACUUGGGUCAUGAGAUUUCUGCGGAGGGAUUGAAGCCCGAUGACGCGAAGGUGGCCAGCAUUCGUGACUGGCCGCGUCCUCAGUCUGUGACUGAGAUGAGGUCCUUCCUAAGGAUGACCGACUAUUAUCGCAAUUUUGUGAAGAACUAUAGCAUAGUUGCCACCCCUUUGACGGACAUGACCCGCCUUGACACCCGCCCUGACACCCCAUGGGAGUGGACAGACAGGUGCGAGGUUGCUUUCAGACAACUGAAGCAUGCGUUGAUGCAUCAUGAGGUCUUGAAACUUCCUGAUCCUGACAAGCCAUUUAUAGUAACCACGGAUGCUAGCCAGUAUGGCAUAGACGCUGUGAUUGCGCAGCAGGAGGGGCCAAAGUUGAGGCCUGUCGAGUACAUGUCCAAAAAGAUGCCCUCUCAGAAGUUGGCUAAGUCCACCUAUGAGAAGGAGCUCUAUGCGAUCUACAAGGCGCUCACCCAUUGGAGGCACUAUCUCCCUGGGAGGUUCUUGUACGUCAGGACUGAUCACCAGACCCUGAAGUGGUUGAGAACCCAGCCUGUGCUCUCUGACACUCUGAUGCGUUGGAUUGAAGUCAUAGAGCAGUAUGACUUCGAGCCCCAGUAUAUCAAGGGUGAGUAUAACAAGGUUGCUGAUGCGUUGUCCCGUAGACCUGAUUUCUCCGGUGGGCUGAUUAUUGAGUUUGGACUUGCGGACGAUGUCACUCGCUUCAUGGUGGAAGCCUAUCGCGAGGAUCCAUUCAUGUCUGAGAUCAUCCGCAGACUUGAGGCGAAGGACAAAGUGACUUCUAUCGAGUUUGAGUUGGUCAACGGCUUGCUGUUCCUUGAGAAGGCUGUCUGUCAGAGAGACAAGCCUCGUACACAGGCCCCUCUUGGGCUCCUCAAGCCCCUUCCGAUUCCGGAAAGGCCUGGUGAGAGCUUGUCCAUGGACUUCAUGGACACACUGGUCACUAGCAAGAGUGGAAUGCAACACAUCUUUGUCAUUGUGGAUAGGUUUAGUAAGUAUGCUAGGUUAGUUGCAAUGCCGGAAACAGCAAAGACUGAGUACGUCAUUAAGUUGUUUCAAGAAAACUGGGUCAGAGAUUUCGGACUGCCUAAGUCUAUCAUUAGUGACCGGGAUGUGCGAUUCACCAGUGAACUAUGGAAAGCCGCAGCUGCAGAACAGGGCACUCAGUUGCAAAUGACAUCAGGCAAUCACCCAGAGGUGAAUGGGCAGGCAGGACAAUUGAACCGCGUUGUACAACACCUGCUGAGGCACUACAUCAAGCCAAAUCAGGUAGACUGGGAUGAGAAACUUGCUCUCAUCGCCAGCUUGUACAACAAUGAUGUGCACAGCGCUACAGGAGUGAACCCGAACAGUCUGCUACUAACCUUCAAGCCUAGACUGCCCUUGGAUUUCUUAUUACCUGAGAACCAGUCCGCUGCUGCACCAGGAACCUUAGAGUUUGCUUAUCAAUAUGAGCAAUUGAUGCAGCAUGCGGUUGAACAGAUGCACAAGGCACAGGCGGCGAUGAUAGAAACUGAGAACAAACACCGCCGCCCAUCUACAUUCCAGGUAGGAGAAACAGUUUGGGUUAAGUCCUCAGAACUGGGACAAGAGUACGGGAUCUCCCGUAAGCUCAUGCCACAGUACUUGGACAAUGGGAGGUUCUGGAUGUCGUUGGGGAAGAUCCGGAUGGGCCAUCUUAUACUUGGUGCGUUUGACGAUGCUUCUUCGCAGUUGAUUCUUGUGACGUCAGGCCAUAUUAGGCGCACGACCUGGGUAGAGAGGUGUGCGCCGGAAGGCUAUACGGCAUGGGAUGCCGUGGUGACGGUGGAAUGUAUGAUUGGUGAUGAGAGCAUGCUGAUGUGGCAUUUGGCUGAGGUGGCACUGCCUUGCGUCGUGAGUGGUACCGAGGCUACGACCGGUCAUCAAAUGCACACUCAGCUCAAUUGUGGGUCAGACAUCGAUGAGGGUAGAGUUGACGAUCAGAGGCUGACACGUUCGAGAUCACUUAGGGUCCCGCGCGUGUUUCAGGCCCUACAACCGGGAGACGAAGGACGGCUUCGUGCCGAACGCAGAGCCCGUGCUCUCGCAGCAGCCAGGGAGGCAGCAAACGUCGCAGCUAGGGAACAGGCUGCAGCAGCAGCCAGCGCAGCAGCAAUGGCCACCGCAGCAGCAUCCUCUGCUGCAUCCUCGUCUGGUACCCUGUUGGGAAUGCCCUCAAGGCCCGCGGGUACUUCCGGAUCAGUAGGUACUGGUCAAUCCACAAGUCAAAUGGCGGGCUCGCAAUUCAUCCCGUUGACCCCACGCGGUAGGGAGCUACAAGAGCUCCAACAAGUCGAAAGGAUCCGCGCUCGGUUAGAGAGGGAACUGAAGCAAGCUACCGAUAUAGAAAAAGAGAUCAAAAAUAGAACAGUCAGGCUUGAUACGUUAGAGGCAGACAAAGCUGCAUUAGAGGGUUUGGAUGAGUCAGCCAUGACUGACCAAAUGAAAUUAUUGAAGAACAACGUACUGUCGCUGCAUGCGCAUGUGGACAGCAGACUGGACUUCAUGCAAAACUCUUUGGACCAGAUCUUGGACCUUUUGCAAAAGCCAGGAUUUAGGCCAGCAGCACAGUCGCCGUUGCCGUUAACGACGAUGUCAGGCCCCUUUCCGGUACAAGCUGGCACACAACCAAGUGGUACGUCUGCAGCAGCCGCACAGACUGUUGCUUCUUCUUCUUCUGGGUCAGCGGUGAUAGCUACACCAUCACCGCAGCAACCUGUUCCUCAACAGGGACAGCAGCAAGCCUUAGAAGAUUUGGAAAGCGAGUGGUCAAGCAAGGACCCUCGCGAAUCUUGGGUGGCACUAAGAAGAGGUCCUAGAGGGGAACAUUUCGUUGUGGAAGUUGCUGUAGGAGACCGCGAAUGUGGUGCCUUCAUAGACAUCGGCUCCACACGGAAUUACAUAAGUCACGACUGUUUGAAAAGGUUGCACCUAAAGGACCGGGUACAACACCUUAGUAGACCAGUAGCAUCUACUUUGGCCAAUAAGGAGCGCAUGGUAGUCACAGACUAUGUCAAGGAUGUGGUCUGUACCUUCUCCUAUGGAGGAGGGGAACUUGAUCACAAGAUUUCGUUCCUGGUUAGCGACGACUUACCAUUUGACAUGUUGUUAGGAAUGUACUACCUUGCGGUUGCCAAGCCCCAGUUUGACUGGGACAAGAAGGUGCUAAAGCAUAAGUUGCCUGAUGGAAGAACAGUGAGACUGACUAAGUUCAAAGCCAGUAGUAUAAUCGAUACCUAUGGCUGCUUGUGUGCAUCAGCGUUCUAUAAUUACUAUAAACAGAACCAAGAGGAGGGUAUGUACCUAGUAUAUGUCUUUGAGAAAGGGGAGGCCGUUAAAACACCCCCAGAGAUAGAACACGUCGUUGCUAAGUUCCCUGAUCUGUUCACAGAGCCCACAGGAGUCGUCGAUAGGGAGGUUGUCCACGCCAUAGAAAUCAUUCCAGGGAGUAAAACCCCAAAGGGAAGGAUCUAUAGGAUGGCCCCGACCGAGUUGGAUGAACUUCGGCGACAACUGAAAGAGCUAACAGAAAAGGGAUGGAUCAUGCCGAGUACUUCCCCUUUUGGAUCUUCAGUGUUAUUUGUACCGAAGAAGGGGGGUACAUUGAGGAUGUGCAUUGAUUACAGAGGCCUCAAUGCCAUCACAGUGAAAAACGCAGAGCCUCUACCUCGCAUAGACGACCUAUCGGAUAGGGUGCAGGGAUGCAAGUACUAUAGCAAGAUAGACUUAAAGUCCGGCUACCAUCAGAUUGCAAUAAGACCUGAGGAUCAGCACAAGACUGCUUUUCAGACCAGAUACGGUCUGUAUGAGUUUGUAGUGAUGCCCUUUGGCCUUUGCAAUGGGUACAUUCCAGCAUGCCAUGAAUAGGAUCUUCGAUGACCACUUAGAUAAGUUUGUCGUUGUUUACCUUGACGAUAUUCUUAUCUUUAGU